ACAAGAAGAGUGGAGAAUCGAUUUUUGUGCUCCUGAAUUUGCAAAAAUACUCAGAAAAAUCAAUUCUUGUGCCCCAAAGUACCCUAAAAAGGCUCCAAGGAGGUGCAGGAAUAAUCCUUCCGGUGAUUGUGAGUGUUGGAUUCAGAGCUGGACGAGAAGGGCAGCAGGAAAAGGCUGCUGUGUUAGACCAUCAUCCUGUACCCCCCGGAAAAAGUUGCAAUUCCUUCGCUACCACAGAAUAUUGACAUCCCCAUGUCCGUGGAUGUGUGCGUGAGCCCCCCGCCGGGCGCAACGGACUUUGUGGACAUGAACGACCGGCUGCGCUUCCACACACGCUGUGGGAGUCUCGUGAAGCUCAGCUCCAACUCCCGCACAGCUGAGCGCCGUCGUCCACUGGAUGAGUUCAACAAUGGGGUGGUCAUGACGCACCGGCCACUGCGGGAUAAUGAGCUCUUUGAGAUUCGCAUCGAUAAGCUCGUGGACAAGUGGUCCGGGUCCAUUGAAGUUGGUGUGACAACACACAAUCCCGCAGCACUGCACUUCCCCGCAACGAUGACCAACAUGCGCAGUGGUACCAUCAUGAUGUCCGGCUGUGGGAUCCUCACCAAUGGCAAAGGCACCCGCAGGGAGUAUGGAGAAUUCAACCUCGACGAGCUCCGGGAGGGUGAUCGGGUGGGGAUGAUGCGCAAAUCCAAUGGGAAUCUCCACUACUUCAUUAAUGGGCGCGAUCAGGGAUGUGCUGCCACGAAGGUGGCUCAAAUUCUCUGGGGUGUCAUCGAUCUCUACGGGAUGACCAUCAAGGUGACCAUUGUGGAUCGUGAUGAGCGUGAGCAGCAGAAUCUCGUGACACGCCGGAACAAUAUUGCAGCGCAAAAUUCCAAUGCGGCCGCAGCUGGGAAUGUCACGCACGAAACUAUCUCGAAUCUCACUGAGACUCCUGUCGUGACGGCGCUGGAUCUUGAAUCUCUACCCUCGGAUAGGUUGACCUUCCAUCCAAUUUGCGGAUCUCACGCAACAGUCACGCACAGUGGACGUACCGCGUUGCGUCCCAAUGCCUCUGAUGACUUCAACAAUGGGGUUGUCCUCACCAGGCGACCACUGCGCCCCAAUGAGCUCUUCCAGGUUCGCCUUGAGCGUGUUGUGAGCAAAUGGGCGGGUUCAAUUGAAAUGGGUGUCACCACGCACAUCCCCACGGAGCUGGAGUUUCCCUUCACAAUGACAAAUGUACGUUCGGGCACGUGGAUGAUGACGGGGAAUGGGGUAAUGCAAAAUGGGACGACGGUGAUUGAGCAGUAUGGGCAGAAUUUGGAUCGUCUGCAGGUGGGCGAUCGCGUGGGUGUUGUCCGGAAGGAUGAUGGUGUGUUGCAUUUCUAUGUGAACGGAAUGGAUCAGGGGCCAGCGGCAACGGGUGUUCCGGAGAAGGUUUAUGGGGUGAUUGAUCUGUAUGGGCAGGCGGCACAGGCUAGUAUUUGUCCGACCAUCAUCCUGUACCCCCCGGAAAAAGUUGCAAUUCCUUCGCUACCACAGAAUAUUGACAUCCCCAUGUCCGUGGAUGUGUGCGUGAGCCCCCCGCCGGGCGCAACGGACUUUGUGGACAUGAACGACCGGCUGCGCUUCCACACACGCUGUGGGAGUCUCGUGAAGCUCAGCUCCAACUCCCGCACAGCUGAGCGCCGUCGUCCACUGGAUGAGUUCAACAAUGGGGUGGUCAUGACGCACCGGCCACUGCGGGAUAAUGAGCUCUUUGAGAUUCGCAUCGAUAAGCUCGUGGACAAGUGGUCCGGGUCCAUUGAAGUUGGUGUGACAACACACAAUCCCGCAGCACUGCACUUCCCCGCAACGAUGACCAACAUGCGCAGUGGUACCAUCAUGAUGUCCGGCUGUGGGAUCCUCACCAAUGGCAAAGGCACCCGCAGGGAGUAUGGAGAAUUCAACCUCGACGAGCUCCGGGAGGGUGAUCGGGUGGGGAUGAUGCGCAAAUCCAAUGGGAAUCUCCACUACUUCAUUAAUGGGCGCGAUCAGGGAUGUGCUGCCACGAAGGUGGCUCAAAUUCUCUGGGGUGUCAUCGAUCUCUACGGGAUGACCAUCAAGGUGACCAUUGUGGAUCGUGAUGAGCGUGAGCAGCAGAAUCUCGUGACACGCCGGAACAAUAUUGCAGCGCAAAAUUCCAAUGCGGCCGCAGCUGGGAAUGUCACGCACGAAACUAUCUCGAAUCUCACUGAGACUCCUGUCGUGACGGCGCUGGAUCUUGAAUCUCUACCCUCGGAUAGGUUGACCUUCCAUCCAAUUUGCGGAUCUCACGCAACAGUCACGCACAGUGGACGUACCGCGUUGCGUCCCAAUGCCUCUGAUGACUUCAACAAUGGGGUUGUCCUCACCAGGCGACCACUGCGCCCCAAUGAGCUCUUCCAGGUUCGCCUUGAGCGUGUUGUGAGCAAAUGGGCGGGUUCAAUUGAAAUGGGUGUCACCACGCACAUCCCCACGGAGCUGGAGUUUCCCUUCACAAUGACAAAUGUACGUUCGGGCACGUGGAUGAUGACGGGGAAUGGGGUAAUGCAAAAUGGGACGACGGUGAUUGAGCAGUAUGGGCAGAAUUUGGAUCGUCUGCAGGUGGGCGAUCGCGUGGGUGUUGUCCGGAAGGAUGAUGGUGUGUUGCAUUUCUAUGUGAACGGAAUGGAUCAGGGGCCAGCGGCAACGGGUGUUCCGGAGAAGGUUUAUGGGGUGAUUGAUCUGUAUGGGCAGGCGGCACAGGCUAGUAUUGUCGAUACGUCGGAAUGCGGGAGUCCCGAUACGGGGAAUUCAACCAUUUCCAAUACAACACUGUACAGCAGUGAGCCACGAUUGCGCUUCCAUCAGGUGCACGGGAGGAAUGCAAGGAUAUCCAAUGGGGGCUUCACGGCGAGCCGGCCAAAGGCACUGGCGGAGUUUAAUGGGUCAAUUGUGUUCAGUAAUCGUCCACUGAGGCAGAGGGAGUUGUUUGAGGUGGUGCUGGAGAAUAUGAUUGAUCACUGGACGGGAAGUAUUGAGAUUGGUGUGACGGGAGCACGUCCCGAUGAGGUGAUCCUCCCGAGUACGGCAACAGAUCUCAGUAAUGAUACGCUUAUGCUGUCGGGGAGUUCAUUGAUCUACAAUGGGGCGAUUGUACGUAAUGGUUUGAUUCCCUUUGAUUUGGAUACUUUGGGGACGGGAGCGAAGAUUGGGGUGAUGCGCAAUGGGGAUUCAAUUCACUUUGUCAUCGAUGGGGUGGAUCAGGGUCCGGCGUAUGAGUUGCGUACCCCAAAUUUAUAUGCUGUGAUCGAUUUGUACGGGCAGUGCGCUCAGGUAAGCAUUGUUGCACCACAACUGGACAUUAGGGCGCCGUAUGCAACAAGUGAGAAUUCCCAGAGCCUCCAGGCUACGUCAGUUAUUCAGCCGGCACUUGAGGCAAAGCAUCGAUGGUCGUGUAUUUCCGGGAAUAUUUCUCUCUCGCAGAAUUGGACAAUGGUCAAUCGUUGUGUCAAUUCAGCGGCUGCUCUUAGCCAUGGGUUAGCCUUCUCGGAGCAUCCGCUCGUUGUGGGUGAGCAGUUUGAGAUAAAAAUCACAGAGAUUAAUCAAAUGUACGCGGGAUGCUUGAAAUUCGGCGUGGAUCUCACACCAGCACGUACCCUUCAUAUCCUCCUUAAUUCCGAAGAUAUGAAUAUCACCUUCCACGGGGUUUCGGCUGAUGUUUAUGCCGUUGUGGAGUUGAUUGGGUCAACGAUGGCAGCUCAGGUGAUUUCUCGUUCUCAAGGAGCUGCUUCCCCGCUGCGUCCGUGCAGCUUACGCCUGCAGGAUUCGCUGGAAUUUGGUGUUGAUCCCCUCAAUAAGCAAGAUUCAAUGCUGGAGUCACUCGAUUCGGAUCUUCUGGCGUUUGAAUUUAGCGAUAUUCACGGGAAGAAUGUUCAAUUGUCUGAGGAUCGGAAGGUAGCCUGGCGCACGCAGGGCUACAACAAUGGUGUGGUCUUCGUGACAAAGCCCCUGUGCAAGGGGCAAAGUAUUAGCAUACGCAUUGAUGAGAUUACGCCCAAUUGGAAGGGAACAAUCGUCGUGGGAGUUGUUGGCACGUACCCCACAAUGAAUCAUCUUCAAUUUCCCGCAAGUGCAAUCAACAUGCGACGUCCCUGUUGGGUCUUUGCUGAGGACUACAUAAAUAUCAAUGAGAAUCGUGUGCAAUCCACGUAUGCAGCUGCCCUGGAUGACAUCCAGAAGGGAACAAUUAUAACGCUUCUAAAUCACGCGGGGAGUCUCAUUUUGAUGAUUAAUUCAACAACGCUGGAAGAAUUGGCAACGGGCUUGCCCCAUCAUGUCUAUCCAAUGUUUGAUAUUUAUGGGAAAUGCGAGAAAAUCUCCCUGGUCAGUUCGGAUGUCCUCCGGAAUGGGAGUCCCUUCAAUGAGGAGGCUUCCCUGCAGAAUACCCUGGAGGCAACGGGUCCGGAAUCUGAAUCAAAUGUCCCACAAUGCGAGAAAGCCGAUCUGGAGGUGCAUGAGAAGGAGACAGAGACAUCCCUGCCACCACUAUGUACACCCGGAACAUCCUCAAUGACACGUUCAGUCAUGGAGAGUGUCUCGGAGAAUCUUCUCAUGAAUAUCUCAAUUAAGAAUCGCUCAAUGGAAGCUAGGAAUGAGCUAUCAAACUCCUGCUGUCUCCGGGAAUCUCUUCAGCUGCAACAUUCGACAAAUCUCAACAUUCAGCGGAGUCAGAGUACGCAGAGAUUCAAUAAUCAAGAUGACGCGAGAACGUACGUGGAAACACCGGAAGCAGCUGUAGCAUCGGAAAUUAAUAAUGAUUCAAAUUACCUCGAAGUGGAGGUUGAGGAAAAUCGCACAGAGGACGAAGCAGCUGAGGCUAAUGGGCAGAUGGAGGAUGGAGGAGCAGUAGGAGGUGAUCUGGGGCAUGUGGACUUUGAUAGUUUACCAACAACGGAUAAUCGUGAUUGUGAAUAUCGAAAGGUGGUGAGUGAUUUCAAGAAGACUCUCGUCCUUCCGGAUGCAUUCUUCAGCUAUGACUACCCAACGUGCUACUGCCUCGAAUGUGCUGUGAAUCAGAGGGCACUCCUCAUCUCCGGAUGGGUGAGAUUCAAGCUGAAUCAGGAGACGUGCAACUCAGGUGGUUUGAGCACAGAAUGCACAGACUGGACAACAGCUUUCUACCUCAGUCGUGUGGAUAGAAUUCGACCGAUUCUCGAUCGUGGGCAGCUUCUCCCAUUAGAUUCCAAUGAAGUCACAUCGUUGCAAUCACAGAAAGAUGAUUCAGCACCGGGGAAGCAUAUUUUACUGAGCCUCUCACCAAAUAUUCAUCCCAUGUUUGCCAAACACACAUUUUCAAUUGGAAAUUCACGUGUUGCAACGAGCUUUGAGGUGAGAGUUCGGACACAGAGUCUCUGUGGGUACAAGGAGGAAGAUGAUGAUGCGUCAGCAACGCCAGAGGAUGAGGAAAAACCUCCGGGGGAUCGAUCGUAUCAGCUGUGGACAACCAAAGAGGCAGGAGCUUGUAUUAUAACGGCUCUCUUGUUAAAAAUUGAAACAACUCCUUUUGGUUAAAGAGUAUAACAAAAGGCAGGAAGUUUCUUAUUUAUUAUUUUAAGUUCGUGAUCUCAAAAGUAAAGGAAAUGAAGCUUCAAUUUAAUCGA